AUGGCGAAUACUUUCGUUAGAGUAUUUAAGAAAAGGGGCUGCUACCUCGACCGCCUAGCCCCUGAGUUGAUCAUUAACAUCGUUUCUAUGCUUCCAGACGUGAAAUCGGUUCUAGCACUCGGUUCGACUUCGCACAAAUACCGUGCUAUCACCAUACACAAUGAAGGCACGAUUGCUCGGAACAUGGCCGUCAAGAUCCUUGGAGACGAUGAUCCCGAGGUAGUCCGACUAGCAUUCUUAGCCUGUAAAGCCACUCUCAUCAAAAACCCAGACGCUCGCCUUAUCCGUAAGUUCAUCAAGAAUUACGUCAACCCGGCCGACCAUGCACCAUUUCUCUACCGACUCCGCGCAGUCGAUUUAAUGGGCGAUUUGAGCGCAAGCGUUGAGCUCCUGCUGGAUUGGACUUCGACGUACGCCACAUUGUGGCCCGUCAAGGUAGAUAACAGGGCCUUCACGGCUACCGAAACCACGCGAAUGAGACGAAUCAUCUACCUGGCCGAGGCUGGAAUUAGGCUACUCCAUACUAUCCCAAAACCCAGGGUCUCGCAACUCGCAGACAGAUUCUGGCGCUCCUUUCCGCUCUGGGAUGUCGAUCGGGCUUAUGCGUUUCUGAGGAUGAUAAGUUCCUCGCAUUGGUGUUGCCAUGACUGGAGUUUACUCACUGCUGGCCGCGGAAUGGCAGAGCCGUACGGCUUCCCGUGGCACGCACACGACGAACUCCGGGAAAAGUUGUAUAUACUUCAUUUCACUAUGUGGUACGACAAUCCUAUAAUGGACGAGCCUGACCUCGUAUAUUUCCUGGGACACCCAUGGGCAAGCCACUCCUUCUGCGACUUUUUCAACCAAUGUGUGGACCGACCGUCUCUUACCUGGACAUCGCAGAGAACAUGGUAUAGCGGAUUGGAUCGAGAUGACAUCGAAUGGACAACAGUAUGCGGUUACUACGACCCCGGCGUGUUCAACCUUCGUCGAAAUUGUGACUGGUUCUUCCUGAUAGCAGACGAGGACCGACGUCAACGGGUAAUAGACCAAGGACUCAUUUGGGCUUGGAGCACCGAGCCAGAGGGAGAGGAAUUAACAGGCGCAGACCCUGGACCAGCUGCGAUCGUGUGGCGCGAGGACCCAGCCCACUUCGGUUGGAAAGGCCCCGUUGGCAGACCAGUACCUAUCCGAGACAUAAUGACGAGACAAUACGUGUAGUAGCUCUGCUACGUUAGGGAACGAAUCGGUCGGUACGGGGUAGGACGAGAGAGACAGAAAGAGAGAUAUUUGGUUACUUGACUGGAUAUACCUACCUAGUGUAUCGAUUGAAUAUAACAUGUAUUGAAAUCGCAGUUGGUCCUAAUACUGAAUCCCCAUGAACCGAUAUAAUGGUGAAUUUAGUAUUAGUUCGUCAAAUUGGAAUACCUGCCUACUGAUAGAUCG